AUUUCCUACUCAUCAAAUCCAACUCAUGCACUGCGCGACACUGCUGAGCUACUCACGGGCACCUCCUAUGAUGACCACACAUUUGUGCUCGGAGAAGAUGGAUGGAUAAUGGGACCCAAUCGUCGGCUCUUAUUCUGGGUACCACCCACUUCUCGUAGACCAUUUUAUACUCCUCGGACUGCAUUUUUGAUACCCAGAGGUGUUGAGCUUGAUUUAAGUCGCAUGGCACAUGGUACACGCUGGCAGGACUGCUACAAUGACUCUUCAUUACGAUAGCCUCGUUCCGGUAAAGUAAUUGGCGGAGAUGCCAGAGACACUUUGUGGAGUACGAUAUGGGAUGUACAGUUGAAAGAUGAUUGGGUGUCAGGUUUUCGAGAGCAUAGAAGAUUAUAGAGCAACGAUCCGAGAAAAUGAUAGGAACAUGCACGGUUGGCCUGCUUAAGUACCUGAGCUUAUGUGGCGAAUAACAAAUUCAUUCAUUCAUAAAUCA